ACUUCAUAAUUAUUCACACUCUGUUUCAAACACAAACAAAGGUUCGAACAUUCUAUCUACACUUCUUGGAAUGUACCAUUCCGAAGACGAAUCAGUAGAACAUUCAAGUUCUGACUAUGAAAUGGAUGAAGAACAUAUUUAUAAUAGCACAAAAACUUCCACAGACAAACUGCAAAUUAAAAAUGAUUGCAAUAAAAUGGCGGAUAAAACUUUAAUUUUAAAUUCAUGCAAAGAAAGCACUUCUUGUAUAGAAUCUCUUACGAAUCAGAAAAGGAUAAAUGAGAAUAAAAAUUAUAGUUCUGAUAAACAAUUAACUAGUGACACUGAUGACGCUCCAGAUGAAAUACCAAUUUCGCAUUCGUGCAAUGGCACCAAUUUGCCUACAAAUUUAAUGCCCUCAAAAGUCCAAAAAAAGGAAGAAGAUUUGUGUUUAACUUCAAUCAGUCGGAUGACACGAACUCCAGUUAACCAAAAAAAAUUUAAGCGCAAAAUUGGAUUGGACUACAGAAAAUUAAAGGCUACUAAACCAAAUACUCUACUUGGAAAACUUUUGGAAUCAGAAGUAAGACAUGAGCGAAAUAUACUCUUGCAAUGCAUUCGAUUUGUAUGUGAUAAUAAUUUUUUUGAUUUAAAGUAAACUAAGUUAAUCUAAAGAUUUCGCAAUUUUAAUAGAUAAUAUUUCUAUAAUUUUUGU